ACAGAUCAAGAGAUCGAACACACACAAAUCACAAUCACCUAGCCACAUAGAGAGCAGCAACACAUACUCUCGAUCAAGACUGCCUGACAGAGUUUUGAGGAGAAAGCAGAGGAGCAAGAGAGGAAAUGGCGGCGAGGGCGUUGCUGGCGGUGGCCAUGGCGUUGGCGGUGGUGUCCGUGGCGUCGGCGCAGUCGUCGUCCAGCGGGUGCACGCAGACGCUGAUCGGCAUGUCGCCGUGCCUGGGCUACAUCACGGGGAACUCGACGAAGCCGUCGAGCUCGUGCUGCUCGCAGCUGGCGUCCGUGGUGAAGUCGCAGCCGGAGUGCCUCUGCGUGGCGCUCAACGCCGACCCGGCCGCGCUCGGGCUCGGCUCCAUCAACAAGACCCGCGCCGUGGGAUUGCCCGACGAGUGCUCCGUCAAGACCCCGCCCCUCAGCAACUGCAACAGUGGCGCUGCUCCCACGACGUCGCCGUCUGCCGGGACGCCCGCGGGACAGACGCCGACCUCGGCCGGCGCAGGAUCGAAGACGACGCCGACGACGGACAUCGGGAGCGGCGUUGCGCCGUCGCUGCGAGGGGUCGCCGGCAUCAUCGCUGGCCUCGUCGUCGCUGCCGUGUCCGUCAUGUGAUCCGAUAUAUGUGAAGGCCGGCCGACUGACCGACAGUCCGGUCUCUUCUUGACAGCGGUGGUUGCACUUGAGGUUCAUUUGGGGAUAUUACAUUGGGUGUGUUUUGAUCUCGUUGGUUGGUGAGUUCGAGAGGGAGGAGGCCUGAUGAGCUUUUGUUCUUCUUUUGUACCGUGGCAUUCAUGAUGUUAUUUCUACCUGAUUUGUUGUCGUGUUUGUAAUAAAAUUUAUACCAUAUUUAUUUGUUAUCAUCUCAUAUUCUCGUA